GAGGCUAACCAUCUCACCUUCUCCCUUAAAUACAUGUCCUCCAGCUAGCCGCAUAAAGUGAGUGCAAUCAGUCAUGGCGGCUUCUGUUUUACUGCUCUCAAGUCGCAUUACAGCUCAAAACCCGUCCUCCAAACUGGAUCUUGAUGGUGGGUUUUCAAGGAAAAGCUCUGGUUCUGUACAUUUUUUAAGGCCCUCUAUUUGGGAGAACAACAAUGCUGUUAAGGUCUCCUGUGCCAUUAGCAAAGAUAAUGGGAAUGCAGUGUCUGUUGCUGAUUCCGUGCCUACCGUGACUCGCUCCAAGAUGCAACGGCACACAAUUUCAGUGUUCGUGGGUGAUGAAAUCGGUAUAAUAAAUCGGAUUGCAGGGGUCUUUGCUAGAAGAGGUUACAGCAUCGAAUCCCUUGCUGUUGGUUUGAACAAGGAUAAGGCUCUCUUUACCAUAGUUGUCUGUGGAACUGAAGAAGUCUUGCGGCAAGUUGUAGAACAGCUUAACAAGCUUGUGACUGUCAUAAAGGUGGAAGAUAUCUCCAGGGACCCUCAAGUGGAACGUGAACUGAUGCUCAUAAAACUCAAUGCUAAUCCAAGUACUCGUGCUGAGAUCAUGUGGUUAGUGGACAUCUUCAGAGCCACAAUUGUUGAUAUCUCAGAACAUUCACUUACUAUCGAGGUCACUGGUGACCCUGGGAAGAUGGCUGCUGUUCAAAGGAACUUAAGCAAGUUUGGAAUCAAAGAACUUGCCAGAACGGGAAAGAUUGCUCUGAGACGGGAAACAAUGGGCGAGAAAGCUCCAUUUUGGAGUUUUUCUGCAGCUUCUUGUCCUGACCUUGACAGGAUUCCAUCUGGCGUUGCUGUUGAUAGGAAUUUUGCUAGCACCCUUGCAGGGAAUGGAGACCUAUCACUUAAUGGCAGCAACACUUCAUCCUCAAAGGGUGAUGUCUAUGCCGUGGAGCCUAACGAUGAUUUCUUGGUAAAUCAAGUUCUUGAUGCUAACUGGGGUGUACUUUACGAUGAAGAUUCGAAUGGUCUUCGGUCACACACUUUGUCUAUGCUUGUGAAUAACUGUCCCGGAGUUCUCAAUAUUCUCACCGGAGUUAUAUCUCGAAGAGGCUAUAACAUUCAGAGUCUUGCUGUGGGGCAUGCUGAAAAGGAGGGACUUUCUCGCAUUACUACAGUUAUUCCUGGAACAGACGAGUCAAUUGGCAAGUUGGUUCAGCAACUUCACAAGUUAAUAGAUUUUCAUGAGGUUCGCGAUAUUACUCACUCGCCAUUUGCAGAACGAGAAUUGACUCUGAUAAAGAUAGCUGCAAAUAGUGCUGCAAGGAGGGAUGUUCUUGAUAUUGCUAGAAUAUUUCGGGCAAAAGCUGUUGACGUCUCUGAUCACACAAUUACUCUUGAGCUUACAGGAGAUUUUAAUAAGAUGGUUGCUUUGCAGAGAAUAUUGGAGCCAUAUGGAAUAUGUGAGGUGGCAAGGACUGGGAGGGUAGCAUUGGAGCGAGAGUCAGGCGUGGAUUCCACACACCUCCGUGGAUUUCCUCUUCCAUUAUAAUAUUUAAGACUCUUAGUAGGUUCUUGUCAAUUUAGAUCAUCUCAACUAGAGUUUCUUUCCCACUUUGUUAUGCAGUUUCCUUUUCUACCGUCUCCUUUUCCAGACAGGGAAUGGAAGGAAGAAAAUUAAACCAAAUCUUCCCACGUCCCGGGGCUGUCGGAGAGCUGAUCAACAUGCAUGUCGGGGCUCAGGUAGAGAGGUUGCUUUAGCUAGGGGAACGAAUAAUAUCAUGGUUCUUAUUUUACCUCAAGAAAAAAGAACGGUGUGUUCAUCGUACAUUCGUACUGUUGACUCUUGGUACCAUCGAGUUAGAGUAAUAUACCUUGUGUCAGCGCCUUGAAUUAGCAA